CGGAGCUCAGGUUAAUGUUGAACAAGAAAACCAGUUUGUUCGUGUAGUUUUGAUUAAUGCGAUGGCGAAAAUGUAGAUAAUCAACAUGCAGCUUGCGCACCCUUGAACCCUGCGUGUGUAAAUCGUCCACAUUUCUGCGAAAUCAUUCGCUGUCAACAAUAGUGCCACGGAUGCUCUCGCGUGCUGCACCCAAAGCCAAGUUUCGUGUCGGUAUAUAUGAAUAUAAUCUCAAGGCUUUUAUAUCGUUAUUUUGCAUCAUAUAGAUGUGAAUAUUUUGACGUGAACUGUAACUGCAUCUUUUGCGUUAGGAACGUCCUGCUGGGGAUGAAUGAACAAGGAAGAUUAAUCGAGGUCAGUUCAAAGGGAAUAACAAAGAGAACCCGAUCUGCAGUCUCGCGAGCAACCAUUAGCGGAAGCGGCACGUUGUUGCGUUUGACAUUUGAACUUCGCAGUAUCGCUCGAGACGGUUUGAAGCGGAGUCACUGGAAACCAGCCUUUACCUAUUUGGCGAAUUUAGUCGAAAUUUUACUGGCUAAAAAUACAGUUAUUUCAGUAACAAUUCAGUUAAGGGAGAGGCUUUGAAUUUACUAGUCGUGUCGCGCCUCUUAAACGUUAUUUCAAAAACCCAGCUCGCGCUUCGGGGAAUUACCGGUUAAACCUGGAGCUGGCCACCGAUAACUGAGAAUGACGACGACUCGUAACGUUGCGCAAGGUUAAGCCUUGUGCCCUGGUACGACCUUGGGAUUGAAAGUGAUCAUUACAUUUAUCAGCAGGCCACUGCCCUGCCCACUCAGGUCGCCCCCUAUGUGGAUUGAAUGCACCCCUCAGUUCCCUACAGGAUGGAUGAGCUGGAUGUGAGGGCUCCUGAUUAUUAUCGUCAUCAACAUAUUCUGAUCUGUGCAUGGAUACUGCGUUACUUUUAUCACAGAGCACUCCCUGUGCUUCACUCCAUCACUUUAGUUUGCAAAAGUAUUGACUUUAUCUGAACUGCUGUUUUGAGAGGAGGGAGUCUUAGUAAAUCACUUCUGGGACUAAAGCAAUCUCAUCUCAAUAUUAUAUAUCAAUACCUCCUUUGGUUGCAUGGAUAGGAUAUAAGGUUUGACCCAACUGCUCACUCCACUGGGUAAAGAAAUGUCUGAAAAUCUCAACAAGAUGGUCAAUUUCCUUUCCCCCCCUUCGAAGAAUGUCAAUGGAUCCAGCUCAGACUCACUGGUGGGCGAGCGUCUAGGUGUUGAUGUCCGGCGUCGUCACCACACCAUGGAGCGAGAUCUGUUGAAGGGAGAGCACCGGUUCUUCCGUCGCAGUGUCAUCAACGACUCUAAUGCCACGGCUUUGGAGCUGCCUAGCAAGAAUUGUAUUCUAGCCACCUCAACAGACUGCCCUGCUCCUGUUUGUGAAUGUCCUGUCCUAGAAACCAAAGCUGCAUCACCAGCUGCAUCACCAGCCACACUUCCUGUUGCAUUGGUAAAGAAGAACAUUGAUGGAGCAAAAGAUGGUUCCAGUGUAGAGGUAGCCAUAGAAUCGAAGCCAGUGGUGAUUAGUUGCGAUGGAGAAGUCCGGCAACUUCUUUCCACAGAACCACCCUGUUUAGCUGCAGAGCUUAAGUCUGGAGAUGAUAUUGACCAGAAACGAGAGGGUGAGAAAGUGGAAGAUGAAGACAAAGAGAAGGCACGAGCAGAGGCAGAGAAGAAAGAGCAAGAGGACAUUGAGGAAGUUGAGACGCAGGCAGUCGGGACAUCACCGGAUGGGCGCUUUUUAAAGUUUGACAUAGAAAUUGGACGUGGCUCUUUUAAGACGGUCUACAAGGGUCUGGACACUGAAACCACUGUGGAGGUAGCAUGGUGUGAGUUGCAGGAUCGCAAGUUAUCGAAAUCAGAGCGCCAGCGUUUUAAAGAGGAAGCUGGAAUGCUGAAGGGUCUUCAACAUCCCAAUAUAGUCCGCUUCUAUGACUCCUGGGAGUCUUCAAUGAAAGGGAGGAAGUGUAUUGUCCUUGUGACUGAACUCAUGACAUCUGGGACUCUCAAGACGUAUCUGAAAAGGUUUAAGGAGAUGAAGAUCAAAGUGCUUCGCAGUUGGUGCCGGCAAAUCCUGAAGGGUUUGCACUUCCUCCAUACAAGGUCGCCUCCCAUCAUCCACCGAGACCUCAAGUGUGACAACAUUUUUAUCACUGGCCCUACCGGAUCAGUUAAGAUUGGAGACUUGGGCCUGGCUACACUAAAGAGGACCUCCUUUGCCAAGAGUGUCAUAGGUACCCCUGAGUUCAUGGCGCCUGAGAUGUAUGAGGAGAAGUAUGACGAGUCGGUCGAUGUGUAUGCCUUUGGGAUGUGUAUGCUGGAGAUGGCUACUUCUGAGUACCCUUACUCCGAGUGUCAGAAUGCGGCUCAGAUCUAUCGCAGAGUUACCAGUGGGGUGAAGCCUGGCAGUUUCGACAAGGUGGCUAUUCCUGAAGUGAAGGAGAUCAUUGAGGGCUGUAUACGUCAGAAUAAAGAUGAGAGGUAUUGCAUCAAAGACCUCCUGAGCCAUGUAUUUUUCCAGGAGGAGACUGGGGUUCGUGUAGAAUUGGCAGAGGAGGAUGAUGGAGAGCUGGUGGCCAUUAAGCUGUUGCUGCGCAUUGAAGAUGUAAAGAAGCUUAAAGGAAAAUACAAGGAAAAUGAAGCCAUUGAGUUUUCCUUUGACUUGAGCAAAGACGUCCCAGAUGAUGUUGCCCAAGAAAUGGUUGAUUCAUGCUAUAUUUGCGAGGGUGAUCAUAAAACCAUCGCAAAGGCCAUAAAGGACAGAGUGUCCCUGAUUUGCCGUAAAAGAGAGCAGAGAAAACUGGUAAGAGAGCAACAGGAAAAGAGGAAGAUGGAGCAGGAGAGGGGACUCCAGACUCUGAGUGAAACCCCACUGCCUGGAUCACUUGUUCACACGACUGCUGUGCCUCCUGGUCCCGCUCUGGCUCCAGUCAUCAUGGAGUCCGAGGAAUCGGAGGCUGAUCAGCACCAGAAGCUGCAACAGCCUGGAGCUUCUGUUUCCACUGUGGGUUUUGAGGACCCUCAAGGUUCAGGGAUUGUCCCUGAGUCUCAGCUUGUUCAGGCAGGCGUGUCUUUCAGCUCUGUACAACCUGAUCCGCAGACACAGCUGCCUCCACAGCACACCAUGACCCUUCCACAAAGCAUGUCACAGCCCCAAGCACAGGUCCCUCUGCAGGCUAGCAGUACUUUGACAGUGGGCUCCAUGCCUCAGACCGGAGCUGCGGCCCCAUCACAGGUGAUGGGCCAGCCACCCUCUCUGCCCCCUGCUGUUCAGCCUAACGUCCCCCUGCAGUACCAUCAACCACCUCAGGAUGGCAGCAUUCCACCUCAAACACUGCAAGGGCCACAUGUCUUGCAGGCACCUCUAGGCAUAUCCCAACUGCAGCCCCCAGAGCAGACACAACCUCUGGUUCCAACGUCCACAGAGAGUGGUCACUCAGAUGCUGCAUCUGGUCUAAGUGAUGGAAACGAGGGCAGGCAUGAGGGGCGUUCCAUGAAACGACCCCAACAGCGGUCUGUGCGCAGCUGUUCACGCCACGAAAAGAUGGUCAAGGCCAAGCUCAUGGUGCUCAAUAUUUCUAAUAUUGGUGACAGGGUGGCUGAAUGUCAGCUGGAAACUCACAACAGGAAGAUGGUCACUUUCAAGUUUGAUUUGGAUGGAGAUAAUCCAGUAGAAAUAGCUGAAAUAAUGGUCAAAAGUGAUUUCAUCCUGGAGAGUGAGCGGGAGUCUUUUAUAAAACAGGUUCAAGAGGUCAUUCAAAUGGCAGAUCAGAAAGGGAAAGCUCCAAAGAAUAGCCAUCAGGUGAACAAUAAUUUGGGCCAGCAAAUACCUGAAAAUUCAACACCCAUUGUGCCUGGUGUGCCGCCUAGCAUGGCAGCACAAGUUGUACAUUCAGCAGGCCGGCGCUUCAUAGUUAGCCCAGUGCCUGAAGCACGACUUCGGGAACCAUUCUUUGGGCCUCCUUCUGCCAACACAUCAUUUGAAGACUCUGCACCAGUUCCUUUGUCUGAUCCCACAUCAUACAGCAGUGUUCAGCAGAACCAAGCCAACUUGGCCCCUAGUUCUACCCAAAUUUCUGUGGUACCAGCCACACUUGGAGGCCUUGCCCAAGAGAGCUGUAAUCCUCCUACUUCUCAGUCUUUAUACCAGAGUCCUGUUUCAGCAGCCUCUUUGACUCUGGCAGCUAUCACCACUCAAGGUUCCACUCCUCCAGCUGUCAAUCAGCAAACCCAAACAGGGAGGAUGUCUCCCUCCCCAGCCCCAGCUGAGUUAACACCCCAGCGUCGAUUAUCCCUUCCCAGCUCGAUUGCACCUUACAAGAGUCCCCAAACAGUUGUGGGUCAGCAGGCUGAGAGCAAUAGCUUGAUAGUCCCAAUUGCUGGUGACCAAACUGUAGCCUCAAUCCAGCAGGUGCAAGUUGCCUCCUCCACUGUCCCCGCAGUGCAGCCACCUGUGAUGGGAGAGGGUGAAAGUGAUUCCCAAGGGAAGCCACCUGGUAUUGAGGACAUUCAUGCAUUGGACCAAAAGCUGCGUUCCCUUUUCAAGGACACCUCACAGAGCUCCUCCACAUAUCCUGAUGGAUCUGGAGAGACAGCUCCCACUUCUUCACCGCCCAAUACUAUCAGCGCAAAUGCUCCUGGCUUUGUCUCUGUGCCACCUUCUAGUUUGUCUCUCAGCUCAAGUGGGAACUUUGCACCUGGUGCUUUUGCUUCUGUUGGCCAGGCAGGAACUCCUACAAGCUAUGACCAGACACCAUCUUCAGAGCUUUCCCCACAAAGGCAACAGACCUCUGUGGCUGUAAAUCAACCAGACGGACAAAUGAAUGCUGAGGAAAAGCAGUCAGCGACAUCACCAGACAAAGGUUUCAGACUUGGACGAUUUCAGGUUUCGGUGGCCAGCGAUCAAGACACAGUCUGUGCUACUCCAGAUCCAGCAGUCGUAAACUCUUCUUCCUCCAUCACCCCCUCUUCAACAUCCUCAUCAUCCUCCUCCUCAACAUCAUCAAUCUCUAGCCCAGAGAACACUGUUCAUAAAUCUCAAACCCUGCCCAGGGCCAGCCCUAAUUCCAUCCCAACUACCACUACAGUCGGCCGCUUUCAGGUGACCUCUAGCACUGACAUUGAUGUGGGCCGCUUCACAGUGACUCCAGCAGAAGGGAGCAUAUCCUCUGUAAACUCUGCUGAUGUACUGGAAACCACUCAAGAGUCCAAGAUGACUCCUUCAAGCAUGUCUAUUACAAAUCACUACCUUAGCAGUGAUAAUGACUCUGAACCAGAGGAUGAGGGCUUGAAAACCGAGAUGAACAGGCUGAGGGAGAGGCAUAUGGCUGAGAUCCAGAAAUUACAGAAUAAACAGAAAAAAGAGAUUGAAGAACUGUUUAGAAGUCUGGGCAAAACCCCACCCCCUGUGGUGGUCCCUUCAACUGUAGCCAUAGCAGGAGGCAGGCGGAGACCCACUAAGAGCAAGGGGAAUAAAUCAAACCGUAGUGGCACUCAGGCCAGUUCUCUUCAACAAGGGAACAAACAAUCUGCACAGAGUGGUCAAAAUACAGUCAGCCCGUCAGCUGCUAGGAAGGUUUCAACGUCUCAAACCGUAUUAAGCUCAAAUGCUCAAACACAAGGAACCACAAGUCCAGAAAGUCCAGAUAGGGCAGAGAAUGGACAUAACCACGACCAGGACCAAGCACCUGCUACUAAUCUGCCACGCAAAGGCACAUUUACAGAUGACCUCCAUCAGUUGGUUGAUAACUGGGCCAGGGAUGCCAAGAACAAUAUGCCACAGAUUAAAAAAGGCUCCAAGAAGAACGCACAACCCCAUGACAUGAUGCAACGUAAAUACUCUUUGCCAGGUCAGCUCUGCUCCAUGGGUGGCCACAUGCCUGCCACCAUGAACCCCUCAACAGGACGCAAGGGUUCACUUUGUCUGAACAAUCCACAAUUUGGCUAUCCCUGCCAAUACAGCAUGCCACAGUGGACUCAGGUGGGCCCGCUGGCACCUGCAGCUCCCACUGCAGGGCUACAGCAGGGCUUCCUCAUACCCUCAGGAGCCCACAAUUCUGGAAACAGGACCACUCAGGCAAGCUGA